AGACAGAAUAAACUACUUCCGGUCUUAUGUCACCAAAACAAACAUGGCGACUUACAGGCAGGUCGUCAGGUUGUUGGGUAUUUCAGCAAGGAUUUCACGUCCUCUCACAGUCAGUGGCUAUCAGAGCGCCGGAUUACACUGGCCUUCACAUAACACAGCAGUCCCAAACAGAUGGCCACAAAACCCCCAUUGGGUUGUUCCAGGAAGGACAAUGUUUGUGCAGACCCAGGACACACCAAAUCCAAACAGCCUAAAGUUUCUGCCUGGCCGCACAGUUCUUGAAUCCGGGACUAUGAAUUUUGCAGGCCCUCGGGACGCUCACUGCUCACCCUUAGCCAGACAGCUAUUUAGGAUUGAGGGAGUCAAGAGUGUCUUCCUGGGCCCCGACUUUAUCACCAUAUCACGGUCUGAUGAAAACAUGGAAUGGAAAGUUAUCAAGCCCGAUGUAUUUGCUGCCAUCAUGGAUUUUUUCACUUCUGGACUUCCUGUAGUCAAUGAGGACAGCACACCUAGUGCAGAUACAGCACCAUCCGAUGAUGAUGAUGAAGUAGUUGCUAUGAUAAAAGAACUGCUGGAUACUCGAAUAAGGCCAACAGUGCAGGAAGAUGGAGGUGAUGUUGUGUAUCGGGGGUUUGAGGACGGCAUUGUAAAACUGAAGCUGCAGGGCUCCUGCACCAGUUGUCCCAGUUCCAUGGUUACUUUGAAGAGUGGAAUCCAAAACAUGCUGCAGUUUUACGUCCCCGAAGUUGAAUCAGUGGAGCAGGUAAAGGACGAGGACGAGGAGGAGGCUGCUCAAGUUUGAACUGCACUGAAACCACAUUUACACAUUCCUCCCUCCCCCAGCCAACUUCUUUACUGCAAGUCAUAGUUGCAAUAAAAUGAGCUUUAGUAUUG